AUGUCUCUUCACUAUCUCCCCCCCGUCAAGCCUUCGGCGAUUGCCCUCGGCACCAUUUUCAACCAUACAACUGAGCUUGCCGUCUUGACUCCUCUCUUUGGCCAGACUUACCAGCGCGCCAAGGCUGCUAACAGCAAGGAGGAGUUCAUCCGUUCUAAGGAGGCCAACUCAGCUGCCGUCGCUUGGGGCACUUCCCUCGUCGGUUCCGCUCUGCAGUCUUAUGGUGUCGGUGCCCUCAUUAACGCCACUGGUACCCUGUCUUACAAGGGUGCUGCCUACCUCGGCGGCCUGAUCUUCUUCGCUACCUCUGCUCCCGGUUACAUCUCCCAAGUCUUUGCUGAGAAGCGUCCCAUUGACACCGUCGGCGUCAGCGUCCUCGCCAAGCUUGUUGAGACUGUUGGUCUCUCUGUCUUCCUUACCUGGUGGGGUACCCGCACCAACCCCUUCGACUAA